CAGGUACCUAUAGAUAUUUCUGAAUCUCCAAGACUGGAGGUGGCGUGCAAUGUGAAAAACACAACCGGCUCUUUUGAGAUGGAUCAUUCACUGGAUUGCCGAACAUAGUCCAUCAGCAUUUGGAAGCUGUGAGGUAUUGGAAAUUGACCUUUGACUGAUUUGAAAGACAAUCAAGAGUACUGUACUUCAUUCAGCACCAGUAUUUUCUGCAACAUGAAGCAGAUUUUUCCUUUUCCAAGCUGGUUUAGGGCAACAAGUCUGUGCUUAUGUUUGGCCCAUACUGUCACAGCUGCGGUCCUGAGCAACUCCACAGGACUGGAGGCCAUCCUGGACAAGUACAGUGACAAAGAUAAAGUGUGGUGGAAGGGCAGAGCAAGAGGGAAGAGGGCCAUCAGCGAGGGAGACAUGCACCUCAUCCUGGAUCUACACAACAAGUUGCGUGGCCAGGUCCACCCUCCAGCCUCCAACAUGGAGUACAUGGUGUGGGAUUACGAGUUAGAGAGAAGCGCUGAGCAAUGGGCUCAUACCUGCCGGUGGGAACAUGGACCAAGCUACAUGUUGACUCAAAUAGGCCAGAACCUUGGUGCCCACUGGGGGAGGGAUCGCCCUCCCACCUACCACGUGCAGGCCUGGUAUGAUGAAGUGAGGUACUACAGCUAUCCUUACUCCCAGGAAUGUAACCCAGACUGCCCUUUCAGAUGUUCAGGACCUGUUUGCACUCACUACACUCAGUUGGUGUGGGCCACAAGCAAUCGUAUUGGGUGUGCCAUCAACGUGUGUUACAACAUGAACGUGUGGGGAAUGAUCUGGGCUAAAGCUGUCUAUCUGGUCUGCAAUUACUCACCACCGGGAAACUGGUGGGGUCAUGCUCCAUACAAGUAUGGUGCGCCAUGCUCUGCUUGUCCAGCUAGUUAUGCUGGAGGAUGCAGGGACAAUCUAUGUUACAAAGAUGGGGGUACUGACAUGCGUCUGGUUCCUGAGACCGAGGAGAUCAACUACAUUGAACCCGAAUCGGAUGCAGUGAGAGAACCCCAACCCAGAGCCCAAACACCAAACACCUCACAACGUUCUGAGAACAUAGACCAAAACCAGGUCAUAAGCACCGAGCAGAUGUGUCAACAGAUGUACUGUGACACAAAGCUGAGAGAUCGAUGCAAAGGAACAACAUGCAACAGAUACGAGUGUCCACCCGGUUGCUUUGACAGACACGGAAAAGUAGUCGGGACUGCCUCUUAUGACAUGCAAUCCAGUGUGUGUGGAGCUGCAUUGCACGCUGGCGUUAUUGACAAUGAUGGAGGAUGGUUAGAUGUGACUAGACUGGGUCGAAAACAACAAUUCAGCAAAUCAUACAAGAAUGGCAUUCAAUCGAUAGGGAAGAACAAAAGUGCAAAUUCCUUUAAAGUACAGUCUGUGCCAGUCAAGGCAGUAGCAUGUGACACUACUGUGGCGCUGUUCUGUCCCUAUAAGAAACCUGUUCGACACUGUCCGAGGUUGUAUUGUCCCAAGAACUGUCUGCGUGAGAGUCAGGCCAGAGUCAUUGGCAGUAAAUAUUACGCUGAUAAAUCAAGUAUCUGUCGAGCAGCCCUUCAUGCUGGAGUAAUCCAGAAUGAAUCUGGAGGUUACCUUGAUGUAAUGCCAAUGGACCGCAGGAAGCAGUACAGAGGCAGUUACCAAAAUGGCAUCAAUUCAGAAAGCUUGCUUAACCCCACGGGAGGAAAAGCCUUCAGAGUGUUUGCUGUCAUCUGAAAUACAACCGUCAAAAGUAUCGAAGGACAACCUCAUCACUCAACCUAUCCAGCUUUAUCUAUCAUUAACACCUUGGCAUAAGAUGUUCAUGAAUGACUGUGAAUACUUAGGAGAGGACAAGCAAAACAUACUAACACAACACAGAAACCCACCGCUAGGUUUGCAUCCAGAAACUUCAUGAUGUGAGCUAACAGCACAGAAUACUGCCUCACUAUGUUGCCAGCACAGUUCUUUAAAAUGUAAUUUAUUCACAAAAGGCUAAAAGUGACUACACACAUUUUAACUUUGUUCAAAAUCCACCAUUUCAAAGACCUGCUGUAUUUCUAGCUACAAUGAAAGUUAAUUGUGAUUGGAAAAUUUAUUGAAAGGAGGAAAACCUCCCAAUAAGGCGUACUGUAUUAGAGACAGAGCUUUUUAAACUAUACGGUACAUCUGAAUUAAUUAAGUUUGUCAAACCAGCUUUUUAUAUUUAUUGCACAUCAAGUUAAAUUGUAUAUUGAGGAUGUCCUCAAAAACACACCAAUUCAAAACAAAUAAGAGGUAUAACUUUACUGGAAUAUUUUUCACACCUUGUAGAGGUGUGACCAAACAAACGAUCUAGUAUGUGAAUUCAAGCUUCAAAAUGGUCAAGAAUUGAAAUAUUCUUUUAUCUUUAAGACAUUGCGGGAGUGUCACUAAAUUCUCUUCAAAUUCAGUUUCCCCUGAACUUUCACUAGUCAAUUAGAUAAUUGCCAACUCAAAUUAGGGAGAGAAUUCAAACGGCCCACAUUAUGCUGGCUCAAACUGGCUACAGAGAUGGAAUCUUUCAACUGGCAUAACAACCAGUAACCCAGCUCCUUUGAAAUCCAGCAGGUCAACGCGCUUCUGUGGCUGCUUAAGAUUGCGCCAUAACAGGCCGCAGCCGUGUGACAGGGACAGGUCUACCAUGAUGAUUUUUUUUUCCUACGCGGCCAGCAUCUGUGAGGCUGACUGCUCUCAUGCUAUUGGGCUGGAACUCAGGUGAGUACUCUCACCGCUGUCAACCUGGCAAGGGGCCGUGGGGCGGCAAAUCUCAUCCAGUUCACCGCUGGCUCGCAACGGAGACUGGAGCGAGAUUGUGACCCAAAUAGCACAAAACACAUUAGGGAAUAUGUACUUCUUCCAGUUGUGACCAUAGUUCAAUGGCCAUUUGCGAGCAGCACAGGUUGCAAUGCAAUCAGGUUUAAAGGAAGGAAGAAUGGGCAAUUCCGUGUGUAUAUACUGUUCUGUUAUGUUUAUAAAGAAGGGGAGGGGCUCCUUCAACAAAGUCUUCACGCCAGUCUGCUAGUUUUUCAGCCACCCCUUAACUCAGGCCAACUGAUAUCUUUAUUGUUUUUAAGGGAGGGGUCUUCAAUGAGUCCAUUACGACCAGUUGAUUAAGACGGUAGUGUUGGUCUAUCGCAUGAUCGUUUGAUAAAAACAGAAUAAAUAAAAUUAAUAAAUGAUUUGACCCUAUCAUCCAUCCCGUGGCUUGAUUCAAGUGUGUCCAAUACGUCGAUUACAUCGCACCGAUUGACUUACAGUCGAUUUGACCUAUCCUGACCUUUUGUGACAUCAUUACAUGUGCUCGUAAUGGCAGGCUCUAGUGAGCUAGUGAGUUGGCCUCCAACUUAUAUGUCUUCUAAACUUAAGGGAAUAAAAAUAAGUAUGGGAGCUGGACCAAGUAAAGAGACCAAAACGUACUAAAUGAGCUAUCAAGAACUAGCGUUAGAUGACCCAGUGAAGCUGUCAUGCUAGAUUUGACAAAGCAACUUUGAAAGGACAUCAAGGACUGCAAGUGCUCGUCACUGCAGCUGGAUGAGUAUCCAGACGGGUGUGAAACUGCCCAGUUGUGUAUUUUUAUUGAAUUCUGAUCUCUGUCCUUGAAAACGAUAAAUAAUAUCCCGUUUCGGUAGAUCAGAUCUUAGGGCAAAGGAAAAAAAUUGGGGACCCCUGUUUUAAGCUAUUUCUCAACAGUUCGGUCCUUAAUUAUUCACAGUCUUUCCAGCAUUUACCUUUACACAUGUUUAAUGUACUCAGAAAAAUACAAAACAUUGAGUUUAGUUCAAUUUUAAAUACAGCUUAGAUUGGUACAGCACAGUGAUUCUUCUUUGCAGCAGAUUUCUCAGCUUAUCCAGGUUUGCAGGAAGAGCAGGUACAUACUGUAUAGCUUGCUCUGUAUGAAGUCACAAGUAGUUAGGGGUAGUGACCUUGCAGUUCAUUGAAUACUGAUCGUUUGAUCCAGCACGGCCAAUCAAUCUGGUUAGCAAGUGCUCAUUGAGAAAUUUCCUGAGAGCGCAAAUGUGCGCUAACUUGCUGAAUAAUCCAUCAGCAAGGUAAGUGUAUUAUAUUAAGGUAUGAAAAGCCAGAAAAAUGAAAAGAAAAUAGUGUGGGUAGAAAUCUAUUGACUCCAUCUUCUUAAAUAUACCUGUAUAUGUGUAUCUGAAUUGGUUGAUUUUAUAUCAGGUCUUUAAAUAAGGGUGUGUUUUUGUGGAAAUUCUGGAUAUAAAUACUGCAUGUGUCAAUAAACUAUUAGCUAUUGAAGGGAAGAGACAAUACAUUCAUUUGAAUCAUUCAUUUCUGUUGACAAUAUCCCAGUUACAAAACCUUAAGUAUUAAAUAUCUGUAUACGUUUGUACGUAAUGCAUUGUUUACUGCAUCAAAAUAUUGUAAAUAGUAAUGAUACAUUAACCCAAUGGGGUAUGAGUGAUUGCUUUUGCAUUCAUCAUUCGUUCUUUUAAAAUGUUGCCAUUUAGAUACAGUAACCAUUACAUUUGGAGAAAACCAUACAUACACAUGGAAUGAGUACUUCUGUUUUUGGCUUCAUAAUAUACAUUGUUGAUACCUUCUUUGCAUAGUAACUAUAUUUGUAUUGCUUUUUAUAGCUUUUAUUUCACACACACACACACUGUGAUUUUGCAAAUUCUCCCACUUUGAAAUCAUGGAGGGGUCUGAGAUUUUAAUUUUGGGUGAAUGUCCACUGUGGGACAUAAUUUAAAAAAAAAAAUCUGGAAAUCAGUUUUUAAAUAAUUUAUUUGUAUGCUACUGAUGCAAAUAUGUAUUUGAAUAGUGGAGCAGCUGUAAAGUGUUCCGAGGUCCUGGGUUCAAUCCCGGACCAGUCUGUAUGGAGUUUGCAUGUUCUCCCCGUGCCUGCUUGGGUUUUCUCCAGGCACUCCAGUUUCCUCCCACAUCCUAAAAACAUGCAACAUUAAUUGGACACUCUAAAUUGCCUAUAGGUGUGAUUGUGAGUCUGGCUGUUUGUCUUUAUGUACCCUGUGAUUGGCUGGCAACCAGUUGAUGGUGUACCCUGGCUCCUGCCCGUUGACAGCUGGGAUAGGCUCCAGCACUCCCUGUGACCCUUGUGAGGACAAGCGGCUAAGAAAAUGGAUGGAUGGAUGGAUGGAUGGAUGAAAAUCAAUGUUAAUGGUACAGUCUUUGUUUGAAAUUCUCUCUUAUUAUGUGACGUCACAUGACUAAGAAAGCGUAACCGCAAUUGGCUCGGUGUUUGUUUCUGACCUGAAGUAACCCUGCCUGGUGGCACGGACAGUGAAUUUUAGACAGCAAAUUGUAGCCAGUUGAAUUUCAGACAGCGAAUUGUAGGCGCUUAGCAACUGCCCUGUUGCCCUUUCCAAGCCUUGUGGAAUGCUAUAAUUUUGUCUCUUGUGUCUUUGGACAGCUCUUUGGUCUGAGCAAUCCUCAAAAUGUUGAAGACUGACUGAUUUUCUGUGGUUGUCAGGUGUCUUUAUGCAGCUAACGAUCUCAAACAGGUGCAUCUAAUUUAGAAUCAUAAGUGGAGUACAGCUUCACUAAUUGCAGGCAGACUAACGAAUUUUUGCUGAUUGGCAGGUGUUCAAAUACUCAUUUGCAGCAGUAACAUCCAAAUAUAUAUUUUUUAAAUUAUACAUUCUGAUUUCCGUAUUUGUUUUUUUUUAGAUUGUUUCUCACUGUCAACAUGCACCUAAGGUGAAAAUUUCAUCACCCUCCAUGAUUUCAAAGUGGGAGAACUUGCAAAAUCGCACAGUGUUCAAUUACUUGCAUGAUAGAACUGCAGUAAAAUAAAAUUAAAAACUAAAAGCUGGUGUUUUUCCUCUGCAGCAAAGUUGUUCAGAUGUGGUUCUGUGGACCUCAACCCAGGUCAUAUGUUUAUGUUUGUUUGUGGGGGAAAUUGUAGAAGACAAACAAUUUUUUUAAUAAUAAUAAUUAACAAAUGUAAAUGGUACAAAUGUAAAUAUAUUCAUUGUACUAAGUGUAUACACACCUGUGGAAAUAGAGUGGAUUGCAAAAUGAUCAGUUUCUGAGAUUUCAGAUGUUUGUGUAAAAUCAAUAUUUUUGAUUUCUCUAAACCACUGACAACAUGACUCCCAAAUUCUAAAUACAAACCUUUUCAUUUCAGGCAGGGGUGUCAAACAUCAAGCCCUCGGGUAAAAACUGGCCUGUCGGGUGGUAAAAUCUAGGCAGUAUCAAUUUGAGUGAAAAAAACAAGAUAUUGUGGUGGUGGGGUCGAAGAUUAAUUUGUAGAAUUUUUAUGCUCAUUUAGAAAAUGCAGUGGUAAUGCUUCACAGGUCUUCAGAAAUUGAUUUCAUUUUAAAAUGCAAGAUUGUGGUUUUCAGAUUCAAAUACCUUUGAUCUAGUUUUGUGUUUUAAAAUAUCAUUGCAUCUCAACAUUUUGUAAAAACUCUUAAAACGUUUAAUUAACUCCUGAAAAGAUUAUAUUUAUUAGAUUGUAUCCAUACAAACCAUGCCCUGACAAAGGUUCUGUAUUGUUUGGAACGCAAAAUGUGACUAAAAAUAUUUUUGAAGUAAUUUAUUUAUUUGUGAUGAACUAAUUGUAAUUAAUAAAUUAUAUAAUAGUAUGAUCCCAAAUAUAUACAUCAGGGAAUUUUCACCGACAAUGUUAACACUGGAAAAAAAUUGAAAUUGGAAAUGACCCUUUACCUAAAUGUUCCAUAACAUAAGCAAUCCUGGAAUUUAGGUGAUACCAAGAGGGCUUGGGCCAGCUCUCCUGCAGAAGAAUGGCAAGCAUUGCAGUGUCAAAAUUCACAGGGGUAUGUUGCAAAGGUGGUCAUUGGUACAAGACUCCUGAAAACAGCUCUGCUCGUUUCUGGGCAACAGCCAGC